AUGGGUAGAUUCAGUGAUUUAAAGAACAAAUUGGCCGACGCAAGAGAUACGGUCCACAUUAAGUUACUUGAAGCACAGCUCGACAGAAAAGAAAAACAGGCAGAAAAGUUCGAGAAAACUAAACAAGACUUUCUCGCAGAACUGGCUAGGCUAGCACAAAAAAGUGGACAACCAGCUACAGUUUUUGAAGAAGGCAAAUGGUAUACAUUAUAUCCUGAUGGGCGGAAGGAGCCAAUGGGCGGUGAAAGUUCUGGUUAA